AUGCGCGUGGGGGCCGCCCCUGGCCCUGGCCCGCUGCGCUGCGAAGCGCUUUGCCGCCUUCCCGUUGGGGGGCUGAGGCCACUUUCCCCCAUUCCCAAACCACUCAGGAGGAAGAAAUGGCCCCGCGUCCUGGAAGAAGGGUGUUGUUACCCCACCGCUCGAGGCAGGAAGGCCAGCGAGCGGCAGAGUGCCUUUAGGCCCAUUGCCCUCACCACCGGCAUGUCAAAAGUGACGGGGCACAUCAUAGCAGGCCGCGCCCGUGCAACAGCGGGGCCCAAGACCCUUCCGUAUCAGGCUGGCUUUCGCCCCCCCCCCCUCCACACUGAAACCGCUGACCCCAGCCCGGCGCACCACGAUAUACCAUCAGAAAAAGGGGAAGCUCCAUGCCAUUACAGCUCGCUGCGCCAGGGUCUUUGGCUCUGUGGGCCCUGGUUGUGCCAUCGCAGCCAUGAGGUGGUAAGGGGCUGGCGCCAAUCGCAUUCGCUGGGUGUCUCAUUUUCUGGCAAACAGGAGUGCCAAAGUGAGAUUCCAGGACACGCUUCGAAGACAUUCAAGUCUACAUGUGGAGUGCCUUGGUGA